ACAUGAAUACUUCAAGGCGACAUUCAUACGGGGUGCCAUCUAGGUGCUGGUGCGGGAAAGGGGUUGUGAUAUUCUACUCGAGAACUGAUGACAAUCCUUACCGACGGUUCUAUAGAUGUGAAAUAGGGGCACAGCGAAAGAAGGAAAAUCAUUUAUUUAAGUGGGUUGAUGACGCCUUGCUUGAUGAGAUUCGAAGGGUAGAGGCUGAGCAAGGGAGAAUUGUAGAAGAGAUUGAAGAUCUGAAAAGUAGUAUCACACAGAGAAUAGAAGAAGAAGUUAGGAAGCAGAAAAAUUCACUCGAAUUAGGUUGCUUAGGAAGCAUUCUAUGGCUUUUUGGAAGAUUAAGAAGCCAAGAAUGAGUGAAAUCAGUCUACUGGUUCUAAGUAUCUUCUUGUUAGUGUGUUUUUUUCGUUUUUACCAGUCAUUUGGUUCUUAGUAUUGGCUUCAAUAAGUGUUUUGUUGCUACAAUAUUUGUGUCGACUUUACCAGUCAAGUGGUUCUUAUAUUUUGUGCUCAGUGAUCUGUUCUUACAAUCCACCUUUUUUGUUGAAAAAUCAGACAUCAGCUAUUGUCAAACAAACUUAAACUCGAACUCAAAAGCAUAGCUGAACAUAACUAAACAAACAGAGAGAUAGAGAAGUGAAGUGAAAAUAAUACCAAUGUAUAACAAUGAAACUGAUAAAAUAACCAUAUGAGAAUUAUCCAAAGUAGCCAAAGUUAAACAAAGUUGAUUGUUUUUAGAAGAAAAAACCAUACGAGACAAGGCAAUACUGCACUUUCAAACACCACAACUUGCAUACUUGAACAGACCAACCUGUA